CUGAUGUCAUGGCGCAAUUUGUGUCAGAUCGUCCGCAUUUCACCGAUUCCUGACACUCUCGAAUCAUGCCGCGAGGUGGUCAAAGCCACUCAUGUCAAUAUAGUUGACUUGAUCGAUACAAAAGUGACUGGGAAGCCAGUGACCAUAUUUUAUUCGGAGGCGAAGCUGAGCGAGUACACCAAAGCGACUGGAAAGUUCUUUCCAAGAGAUAAUGCAUAUGCUGGUGGUCUCUUAAGGUACCUGCUUCGCCGUAUUAUGAAUCCUAGACAAGAACGCGUGUCUAGGUCUGGUCAGAGGACGCAGGAAUGCUACAGAGCGCUCUGUAGCAUUCUGUAGUGAAUUACGUUUCCCUGAUGUCAAUACAACACACGGUCACUUGAUCAAGAGCGAUGAAGAUAGAGGAGUACCUGUUUCGAUGAUACUGUCAAAUAUGGCAGAAAUGGGACGACAAACCGUGAUGUGCAUUUAUAAAGCGUGCUCCUUCAAAAUUGUUCUUUGGUAGAACUGGC